CGUGGUCGUCCCAGUGUUGGUUGGGACGUUAAACAGAACUGGCACGAUGACCCUCCGGCGAGACAGGAGUGUUGGCGUAGGCCCAAUAAGCCACCCGUAAAAAUCCCCAUUGCGAAUAACAUAAGAGAAAAUACGACUCGAUACAAUCGGCAAAAACCCACGCGACGAAAUAAGGACUAUGAUUGGAAACUUGGAACAUGGAAUUGCAAGUCACUAGGUUUCGCAGGUUGUGACAGGAUAAUUUACGACGAACUACAUCUCCGCAACUUCGACAUCGUGGCGUUGCAGGAACUUUGUUGGACUGGACAGAAAGUGUGGAAAAGCGGGCAUCGAGCGGCUACUUUCUACCAAAGCUGUGGCACCACUAAUGAACUGGGAACAGGAUUUAUAGUGCUGGGCAAGAUGCGACAACGUGUGAUCGGAUGGCAGCCGAUCAACGCAAGGAUGUGCAUGUUAAGAGUUAAGGGCCGUUUCUUCAACUACAGCAUCAUCAACGUCCACUGCCCACACGAAGGGAGACCUGAUGACGAGAAAGAAGCGUUCUACGCGCAGUUAGAGCAAACAUACGAUGGUUGCUCGCCGCGUGACGUGAAAAUCGUUGUCGGCGACAUGAACGCGCAGGUAGGAAGGGAGGAAAUGUACAGACAGGUAAUCGGGCGAAACAGCCUGCACGCCGUAUCGAAUGAUAACGGCCAGCGGUGCGUAAACUUUGCAGCCUCCCGUGGUAUGGUAGUCCGAAGCACCUUUUUCCCCCGCAAAGAUAUCCACAAAGCCACCUGGGCUGGAGAUCACCCGACCAUCAAACAGAAAACCAAAUCCACCACGUUCUAAUCGACGGUAAAUUCUUCUCGGAUAUAACCAAUGUCCGCACAUACCGCAGUGUGUAUAUAGAUUAGGAUCACUACUUAGUAGCUGUAUGCAUGCGCUCAAAACUUUCGACAGUUAUCACCACGCGUCGAAGUCGGACGCCGCGACUCAACAUCGAGCAGCUGCGUAACGUAGAAGUGGCUCAAGACUACGCGCAGCAGUUAGCAGUGGCCCUACCAACGGAAGAGCAGCUUGGCGCAGCUACACUUGAAGAUGGCUGGAGGGACAUCCGAUCCGCCAUAGGUGGUACCUCGGCUACAGCACUAGGCUUCACGACUCCGAAUCAC